UCGCGCUUAUUGUUAGUGAUUUUUCAUUCAUUAAUGAUCGUCAUGCUACCAGUUAUUUAAGCUUACAUCGUUUUUGGUCAUAGUUUGAUAUGAUACUCUGUAUGAUGAAGAUUUUUCACAAGAAAAGAAAAACUUAACUCUUGUUGUAUGCUAACCAUGGAUUAUGUUGGCCUAAAUACAAAUGCUUUAAAGAGGUUGCGUUUAACCACUAAAUGUAAUGAAGAGAUGCCUGCGAAAUGAACGAUGUGAAAACAGAUGAUAUACCCUGAGAGGAUGAUAGAAUGAUUUCUAUAAUAUUUUUCAUACUGUUUACAAAUGCUUUUGUGUAUUCAAGCAAAUACUCAACGCCUCUCCGAUUUGUCGAAGAACCAUCUGAUUUGCUAUUUUCAAGUCAAAAUUCAGGAUAUCUUCAUUGUGUUGCGAAAGCAACUUCAAAUGACAACAAUGACCAGCAAAUUACGAUAACCUGGCGUUUCUUAAAUGGUUCAGUUGUUCGAAACGUUUCCAGUCUUAUCGUUAGUUUGCCCAAUGGUUCUCUUUGGUUUAAACCGUUUCAUGAAUAUGUUGAAGACAUACAUAACAGCAAAUACCAGUGUAUAGCAAAUCUUACAUUACAUAACCAAGCAAUACUGAGCAAACCUGCUUCAGUUAAAGCUGUUGUUCUGACACAGUUCGACGUCAUGUUAAGAGAUCAAUAUGUGCAAAGAAGUGGAUUUUCGGUCUCAUUUCGUUGUAUUUAUCCAGACAAAGUGAAAUCAUAUGUUAAGGUUGCCAAAUGGUUUGUUAACAAAGAACCUCUAAAAGUUGCACCAAAGGAUAACCUUGUUGUAAAGGAUGUACAGAAAAGCGACUCUGACAAACUUUAUUUUUGUGUUGUUGUUAACAUUCUCACCGAUGAAAUGGUAGCUAGCAAUGUAGCCAAGAUUUUCAUAAGAAAUUCUGCAGACAUCGCAAAAGUGCCUUUAAAAUUCAAGCUUGUACCUGAAAAUCGCACCGUUGUCGAAGGAGAACAAACUGAGUUUGAAUGUCUUGUUUCCAAAACAAACGUGCUGUAUACUUGGAAUCACAACAACAUAACAUUACGUGUCAGUAAUCGUUACCGAUUGAUCAAUGGUCGCUUAAAAAUAUUAAAAGCUUCUUUAGCAGAUACUGGACAGUAUUUUUGCAUUGUUCGAGAUCAAACAACACAGGAAGAAAUCUCAUCUUCUGCUACUCUGGUUGUUCGAGUUCCCUUAAAAUUUGUCACUAACCUUACAAAGAUCUGUACGACUUACCACGUCAAUGCAACAUUCUCCUGUGAUGUUAGCGGUUAUCCUUCUCCCCGAAUUAUUUGGUAUAAGAAUGCAAAAGAGAUAAAGAACAAUACCAAAAUUAUACGAAAUGGGACUCGUUUGAUCAUUACAUCAACCUGGGGACGAGAUAAAGGAAUUUAUCAAUGUAUAGCAAGUAAUGGUUUUGAAACUAUUCAUCAAGCAGCAUCACUCAUUGUUGGAACUAAGGCUCCAAUCAUUGUUGAAGCGUUCAAGCAGCAAAAUCUUUCCUUUUCUUCCAAACUUGACAUCUCUUGUAAGGCGGUAGGAAAGGAACAACUUAGUUUAAUAUGGUAUAAAGAUGGAAUGAUCAUUGAAAAAACUAAUGAUUUGAGGAUUAAUCUUAAACAUUAUCAUGACUUAUGGACAUUGCAAAUUAAAAAUUUAACAGCAGCUGAUAGUGGUUUAUAUCGUUGUGAAGUUCUGAAUCGCGCUGGCUCAAACCAUGUUGAAGCAGCGAUUUUGGUAAAAGGAUCGAUUGAAACUUAUGAACUGAUAAUUCUGGAAGAAGGUACUAGAAAAACUUUUGUUUGUCAUCAAUGCAUAAAAUGGACAUUCAACAACGUGAUUGACAAAACCAGAAUUAGUGUGAAGAAAGUCUUGGAUAUGUGUAUUUUAAACCUUGACUAUAUCAUUAAAAACGAUGCAGGGAAAUACACUUGUUAUAAAAAAGUCGAUGAUGAAGUUAGCAAAGAAGUGACAGAAAUAUUUGUAAUAACCAUUCCCCGUUUCACAAGAGACCACAGUCCUAAUUUUACGAGCGUUGUUGAAAAUAAUGACAUUACAUUGCGCUGCGGUGGUAGUGGCUUUCCUCGUCCGAGGACAACUUGGCGACGUCAGAUUGGAGGAAAUUUUGAAGAAAUUGUAGAAUCGUCUCGUUUUCAAUUGAUCGAUGAUGGUUCUCUUAAAAUAAGUAACGUGACGUUACAAGACGAGAGAGAUUAUUCAUGUGAAAUAUCAAACUCUCAUCGUUCAAGAGCUGAUUUAACCAUCACGUUGAAUGUCAACAUUCCUGCAAAGAUAAUUAAUUGGAGGUACACCGAGUUUGCAAUUGCUGGGAAUAAAACGAAUUUAUAUUGCGAAGGAAUAGGAGAAAAACGCUUAGAAAUUACUUGGUUUAAAAAUCAGCAAAAGUUAUUUGAAAGUACGAAUUUAAUGAUCAGUAGAGUGGGAGAAAUUUCUGUUUUAACUCUUUUACGUGUUGCUCGCAAAGACGCAGGAAAAUAUAUUUGUAAAAUUUUCAACUCGUUUGGAAAAGAUGAAAAAUCUUUGGAAUUAAGAAUACGUGAUAAACCUAAUCCACCAAUACUUGAUAAGUAUAAAAAUGAAAAAAGAAGUGUUACCAUUUAUUGGACACCACCAUUCGAUGGCGAAAGUCCUAUAACCGGUUAUACAAUUGUUUACGAGGGAACAACUUAUCCUUUUAUAAGAAAAUAUAUUGCUAUUGCUGCGACUAAUUCGUGUAAAAUUGCUAAACUUGAACCGUAUACGGAAUACAAAGUGUGGAUCAAAGCUAAGAAUGACAUAGGAUUGAGUAAAUCUUCAAAUGCAAUUUAUGUUCAAACUGCUCAAGAUGUUCCAUCUGCAGCUCCAAAGAUGUUCUUUUCUCGUUUUACAAAAAGUUUGAGGAUAAAAUGGACGAGACUCAGCGUGAAUGAUGCUAAUGGCAUUAUCACGAAGUAUGUUAUUUGGUGGAAAGAAAAGUUUAGAAUGACCGAGUCAUUUAAAAUGAAAAUCAUUCGACAUAUAAAUAGACCUGAAACUACAUUACUUUCACUCAAACCUUAUACACACUAUGCAAUGAAGAUUCAGGCAUUCACUAAAGUAGGUCCUGGACCAAACUCAAGCGUUGUUAUUCAACGUACUCUAGAAGGAGUUCCUUCACAAUCACCAAAAAAUGUUAUGAUUAUUGGGAGAACAUCGACAAAAUUAACAGUACAAUGGAAUAAACCACCAGAAAAAAGCAUAAAUGGCAUUCUCACUGGUUACCGUGUUUAUUACUUUCGUAAACCAAAAGGACCGAAGAGCUGGAUUGAUGUGUUAGAAAAUGAAACAAGCGUAGCAAUUGCGAAUCUUGAAAUAUUUAGCAAUUACACCAUCCAAGUGUCUGCAUUAACUUCGCAAGGUCCUGGUAAACAAAGUUCUCGACUCAAUGCUCGUACAGAUGAAGACAUUCCAGGCCCUCCAACAGAUCUUCGUGCAACCACAACAUCAUUACAGAGUAUUAAAUUAAGUUGGUCACAACCCAAUAAACCAAACGGGCGAAUUACAAAUUACAAAAUAUACUUUGUAAACAACGUUAAAAACUUGGAAAGGAAACAUUCAUACAAUAUUCAUUAUGUUGAGGGCACAAAAAUAGAGCACGAAUUCGAGAAUUUAUCUGAGAAUCGAACGUAUUAUUUUUGGGUGUGUGCGAAAACGAGUAAAGGUGAAGGAAAUUGUACAAAGAAAGGGAUUGCUAGCACUAGCAGAGGUCCUCCAUCGUUUAUUAAUGACGACAAUGGACAUAUAAUUGUGCGUUGGAAACAUACAGCUGUCUUGAAAUGUCACUUCUCGGGUUAUCCUAUACCCACUAUAUCUUGGCUCGAUAUAAAUGGAAAACCCAUUGUCCUUUCUCACAAAUAUCACAUUAAUAAAGAUAAUCAUUUAGUUGUGAAAAAUGUUGAUCGAAGAGAUUCUACCCGUUAUUAUUGUAAAGUGAAGAACAAGUGGGGAUCAAUAAAUAAAAGUAUCAUUUUGAAAGUACAAGCGCCUCCUGAUCCACCAAAGUCCAUUAGAUUUUCUGGAGUGAGCAUGACAUCUGUAAAAUUAACUUGGAUCAACGGUUUCAAAUGGAAUGCAGAUUUAACGAACAUCAUACUCAAUUAUAAACAAAAAGAAAUCCCCAACUGGGUUAACAUUUCUAUUCAUCACAAUGUCACUGAGUGUAUUGUAAAGAAUAUAAAAUCUGCGAGAUCAUACUUUUUUCGAAUGAAGGCAGUUAAUGAAAUUGGAGAAGGAAAUUUCAGUGGAAUACAAAGACUAAGAUUUAAAAUAAAUGGUGGAGUUUUAGAACCCGUUGAAGAGAAAGAUGAUCCAAACAAAGAAGAAACUGCACUUUCUCGAUCAACUAUUUUCAAAGAUUCUGCGGUUAUUGGAACCUUAAUUGGAGUCAGCGUUUUUCUCAUUCUUGUUGUUAUCAUUUUGGCUUUGCUUACAAAACUAGGUCUCAAUCCUAUGACAAAAUUGCAACAAAGGUCAGUAAAAAUUUGGAGAUGGUUUGUCACUAAAGGAAUCUCAAAAACUGAUCGACGAGGAAAUUUAAAACGGAGAUCAGAUGGUUCGUCAACUGAUGGUCAUCUUGGUGGCUCAUCUUCAUCGUUAAGUCAAGGUCCAGCUUCCUAUAAUAGUUCUACAUUCAGUUUACCACGAACAUCAAGCCGUAUUACUGAGUCAGGUUAUGCUACUGGCGGUUAUCCUCCAAUUCCAUUUGGUAACUUUACCCCAGGUCCAAAUGGUGGACCUCGUGCUAGUGGUUCUUCAGAUGAAGGAAUUGGCCCGGAGACAUGUGGUGAUAUCAAAUCAUGUAGUGUAACAGAAACUCGUCAGACUUCAUCAAUCCCUUGUAGAUCCGGCUCCAAUGGUACUCCAGCGCCAACUACAUUGAUGAUGAAUUCAAGAGAAUAUAUUGAUCCAGAAGAAUAUGAUGAAGAAAUAAAUACAACGGAAAACAGCCAAACAUCUAAUUUGAAAGUCUGUUGUGAAAACACAAAGAUUAUGGAAAAUUCGUCUCCAACUUUCACUCCCAAAGGCAAGGAAAAGGUUUAUUUUCAAUCUUGGGCACCUUGCGUUUCCUUGAACAUGUUGCCCGUUCGGCCAAAAUAUGAAGAUGGGCAUUUUAUUGUUGGUCCGGAUGUUGAUCAUAUCUUAGCAUACAGGCCUCCCCGAUGUUAUGAUUCUACAUCUUCUGAAUACAGUUCAUCAAGAGAUGAAUUAGCUCAAGCUUAUGAAUUUGGCAAAUUGCAUCAUCUGGACGAUCAUUAUGGCAGACCAACUUUGGAGUCAGCUUCAAGCUCUGGUGAGACUACUGGUGGUAGUGAAAAAGAUGGCAUCUGUCAUUUCUCUUCUGAAUUAUCCAUCGGUCGACCAUUUUUGAUUCCUGUAGCUAUAUUACCUCCGCCUCCUAACCACCGCUUUAGAACGAGAAAAACGCAGCAAUUAAACACUUUUUAUGAAAAAGAUGAAACUCUUGUGUAGUAUUAGCAGAAGAAAAAAGUGGCUUCUUGAACUUUGUAAUUUAUGGAUGUUUAAGUUGGUUGUAAUUAAAAUAAAUUUAUUUUCAAAAAGAUAAAA